GUAAAAAUAACCUUCUGACAAGUUGGCACUUGUGCAGUCGGCUGGCAGGCUGGGAGAUAAGCUGACGGUGUAUUUUGUAGUGUUUUUACCGAUUAGGGAUGAAAAUCGCUGGGAUUUUAGUUCAGUCGGAUGUCUCGUAGUUCUUCGACGUGCCUCGCGAUCUCGUCUCGUCCUCCGUUUCACGUUUUUCGACUUAACACGCGACAAACCAUGAACACGAACUAAUCGGAAAAACGAGGUUAUUCAGCUUAUUCAAUUGAAACUUUAUUAUGGGAAAAAACUUUUUGAAAAGCAGCCUUCAAAAUGCUUCUUUUAACAUAAUUUUCCAGAAGCUGAACAAUAUAAUGAAGAGGAAAGGAGAGUUGGCUUCAAACGGGGAGAGCAACAAGGAGAUAAAAGUUGUGUCAAAAUCAGUGCUGAGAGAAGAACGAGAAAACCUUGUUCUCUGGAGGAGGCCAUUCACAACAACGCUGUAUUUCCUCCAAGAGUUUACUAUUAACAUUUAUAACUUUGGUACGAGAACAUUACAGUAUCGCAAGUGCUUAGUUUUGGGGAGUCUAGUGCUAUUGGUUUUGACUGUUUUAAUGAACAUCCAUGGACCGCAUCAAUCAUUUUUACAAUUUGCUAAGAAAAAAAUAUUUUGGAGCGCGUAUUGGCUCGGAUUGGGGGUACUGUCUUCUAUCGGUCUUGGAACGGGUCUACACACAUUUCUGCUGUACCUCGGCCCUCAUAUAGCAUCCGUCACUCUAGCCGCCUACGAGUGUGGUGGGCUUAACUUUCCUGAACCGCCUUACCCAGAUGAUAUAAUCUGCCCAGACACUAUAGACACCAACUGGACUGUUAGCAUAUGGAAUAUUAUUCGUAAAGUCCACCUCGAAGCGAUCAUGUGGGGCGCAGGAACAGCGUUAGGCGAAUUGCCGCCGUACUUUAUGGCACGUGCAGCAAGACUCUCUGGACACGAUCCCGAAGACGACGAAGACCUCAAAGAAUUUGAAGAGCUUCAAAAAAAGAAAAAAGAUAAAAGCAGUAUGAGCACACUCGACAAAGUUAAAUUAUUAGUAGAAGAUCUUGUAAAUAAAGUAGGUUUUGUAGGCAUAUUAGUGUGUGCAUCAAUUCCGAAUCCGUUAUUUGAUCUCGCAGGAAUAACAUGCGGACAUUUCUUGGUUCCUUUUUGGACAUUUUUUGGAGCGACCCUUAUUGGGAAAGCUGUAAUUAAAAUGAUGAUUCAAACUAUGUUCGUGAUAGUCGCCUUUAGUGAUGUUUUGAUAAGUGUGCUGAUGGACAUAUUGGGUAAACUCCCGGCUUUUGGUGAUAAGCUACAGAAUGUUUUGGAAAAAAUGUUGCAAAUGCAAAGAGCUAAAUUGCAUCGAGGUUCCCAGACCAAUACUGAAUCGAGUGGUAAUCCGAUAGGAAUGGUAUUUGAAAUGUUCGUUUUAGUGAUGGUAGGAUAUUUUGUGAUAUCUAUUAUAAAUUCAUUAGCUCAAAACUAUCACAAAAGAAUUUCAAAAAACGAUGGCUCAGAAAAAAAAAACAAGGAAUAUUGACAAAAAUUCAAUGCUCUUAACCUAAGUAAACGGAAAAAGGGUAUUAAAAAAAGACGUUUUAAACAGUAGGUUAAAGAGCUUAUUUUAAACAUUCCUGUUGUUACCAUUCUGAAAUAUAUUAUGAUGUAUAGCAAACAGUACAAGAAAGAAGGUAUCUGCAUAUGUUUUAAGUACUUUCUUCUGAAGAUGAAAAACAAAUUCAAGAAUGUAUGAUAAAUACUGUUAAUAUACAAUCUGAAAGUAUUUUUGUACACCAUGACUUCUUUUGUUUGUUAACUAGGAAAGACAUUUAUGUACAACACAAUUUAUCUCUGAAUUUGAUUUUAAGUAAUUACACUAUCUUAAAAAGAAAUAUGUUUAUACAAUAAUCUAUGUAAGUACAAUUUCCUUUUCUUUGUUUCAUAAAUUUAAUUUUUUUAAUACUUUAAGAAAGUUGUUGUUUUAUUUUUGUUUAAUUUUUAUUUUUAUUAAAUUGUUAUAAGAAAAUGGAUUUUGUUAUAAAUAAGUAGGUUAAAAAUUAAGUAAAACUGUUCUGCAAAAUCCAUUUGAAGCAAGGUUUUUGUUGUUUUUAUAGUCAAUGCAAAGUGUGUUUUUUUAUUGGACACAUUAGGAUUUUUGCAAUUCUUUUUCUAGUUCUCAUAAAUAUGUUUAAAGAGAGGGUGAGUGCUUUAUAUCAUGAGAAGGGUAUGUUUGGAAGAAUAGUGCUGUGCCAAACCUGCCAUGAUAUGUAAUUACAUAUUAUAACCAAAAAUAAUUGUUUUCCAUUCAACAUUUGUAUGUUGGCUUUUAAAUAAAACAGUUAUUACUUAAAUGGCAUUA